CUGAUACAAUCAUCGGUUUUAGCACAUACAUUCUUAUUCAUUUCUGCAUAUCUCUAGGAAGAUCAUGCAUGAAAUUAGAUGAUACAAGAGUGAAAGCCUGUGGAAAACAAUUGAAAGUAUCACGCAAAGAUAUUCUUCCAAUACUUGCAGUGGCCGUCCACUUGGAACGAGAUUCUUGUGAAGCAAGCUAUUUAUGUCCUCUACUCAAACGUGCAAAUUAUAGGGUGGAAACCACACGGAAUGUAUGUUAUCAUAUAACGACAUCUUUUCCAAACAUGAUCGAUAUCAUAACGGCAUCAUCGCUUGUUACAAAUGAGACUGAGUGGACAACUAUUUUCAAACGAAAACUGCAUGUAUACAACGUAUGGAACGCCGUUCGAGCACUAACUUCAGAUUUACGCUAUACAAAUGAAGUAAAGGUGUUAAACCGAACAUGUUGCGCUUACGAUCGUCCCGUCGUGCCAGGCUUAAGAGCUGAGGAUGUUUAUAUUAACCACAUAUGUGAUAGCGUGCUAGUUUAUGUAAUCUUCUUUCGUUGUGUGUGUCUGUAUUUACAUUUUGUAUCUUUAUUACAAUUAAUAACUCACCGGCUAUCACGACUGAAGCGAACCAACUACGCCGAUACUGUUGGUGUUUGUGAUACAUACAUCCCGAUUCAAUUUUCACUUGAGGCUACUAGUCCAACUAAAGUUCAACAAUUGUAUGCAUGGAAUCGACAUGGCUCCUUCACAAAAUCAACUUCAUAUAAAGCACACUCUAUAGAAGAUAUAUAUGAAUACAUCUGCAAAACGGAUACAGAUGGUAGCUUUAAAGGAAAUGGUGAAAAAAACUUUUCUGCUAGGUUACGUAAAAACGUCUGGCUAUCCAGCAGUCAAAUAAAUGGAUUGACAACAUCAAUCUGGGUAUUUCCAAUGAUAAGCCCAGUGAUUACGAUCAUCAACCGACUGGCGGAAGGAAGCAGCGUGCAUCCUAAAGAGAGUAUGCGUCAUGAAAGUCUACGCUUGUGUACGUUUCGCACUUACCCAACUCAUGGUAAACCUUCAUGUAUAAAGAUUGCAAAAGCUGGGUUUUAUUAUGCUAGCCAAGGCGACGAGGUUAUCUGCUAUUGCUGUGCCAAACGUAUCAGUAACUGGAACGAAAGGGACGACCCGUUGCGCGCUCACAGACUAGUGUCCCCUAGCUGCCCUUUCCUGUUACGCAACUCUGAAGUCAACGAACCAGUCACAGACGACAACAUUGAAAGUUCCAACCAUCGUCUCAAUCGGAUUUUGCAAUCACUGGAAGAUUCAGAUGAGCGACCCGAAACACUGGAAACAGAGAACGUUUCUGCACCAAUACCAGAUGUUUCAUCUUUGUCUACGACAACCCGUUCUCGCACCACAGAGCAUGCUACUAAUCUACAGAAUGGUGUUAGUGGGUCUUCGGGCGAAUGUACAUCGGAUCCUUUCACACGUGAAUUGACUGCCACUACUAAUCGGACUGUUGGUGAAUCUCAAUUCUUGAGUGUACCUGUCCAACAAGCCAGAAGUUCCAUCCCUGCGGGAAGUUUUGCAUGUAGCAGUGUUGCAGAGGCAGCUAUCGCUACGCCGAACGAUAGACGUGAAACGGCGGUACCUAGGAAAGCAGAAGGACGACAGCUACAGGGAGCCUCUAACAACCGUUCGGAUGAAACACGAGAAAAACUCCUCAGUGAAAACCGCGCUCUUAAAGCGCAGUCGAAAUGUCUUCGUUGCCGUAGAAACGACGUGUGUAUCGCAUUCCUGCCGUGCGGCCACCUGGUUUCCUGUGAGGCGUGCAGCACCGACCCCAGUGCCCGGAAGUGCUUCUCGUGCGACGCAGCCGUGAAAGCAAGGAUCAAGGCGUUUAUUGUUUGAUUUGUAAACAUAUGUUUAAUUUCAAGACAAAAGGGAGACAAAUCUAACGCGAUAGCAUUCGCCAUUUAAGAUAAUGUAUUAACCAGCAUAUUUUGAAAUACAUGUAAGAAAAACAUUAUAUUCCCGAACGUUUGAUAAUCGUCAAACGCUUACUUAUAUAUCUCAUUUUUAAGCGUUAUUCAAAACAAUGCCAUUAGCUAUUUUAGUUCACUUAAUAUAUUUCGCUUUUCAAAUAUAUAAUAAGUUUUCACAUGUGUAAUAUACAUGCGUUAAUCCUUUGGUCCAAAUAUUUAAAACAAAUUACCAAAAUCUUAAAUCAGAAGUUCAGAACUGAACUAAAUACACAAAUUGUGCUUGCUUUUAUACUUUAGUUGGAUUUUAAAGCUUAACCAUUUAAACGCGAAUAUCUACCAGAUAACACAUUGAACGAGUACAUUUCAAUCAACUCUGCGGAAAACAAAUAACAGUUUUGUAUUUUAAAAAUAAACUGUAUUCUUAUUUUUUGAAUCUAUGAUUGAUUAAAUACAGUGUAGCAUAGAUAUAUACUAGUAUGUACAGUUGAACUUUCUUUCGAAAUAAUGUGUAAAAGGAGUUGAUAUAAAACGUAUCUUGUAACGAUGUGCUUUAAAAUGUAUUUUACAAAGACCAAAUGUUUUACUGCAAAUUUAAAGCAAAUGGAAUACAUGUGUUGGUACAGCGAAGCAAACCUACACGAAUUACCAUUUGAUAAUAUGGUUAUAUAUCUCGGUACAUAUAAAGAAGUUGCGAUGUAUCAUUUUGUGAAUUAGUGAAAUUCUUUUUCUCGCGAUAGUCUUCAUGUAAGUCGAUUGUGGUAUAAAGCACAGUUACGUGUUAUUAUAAAUAUAUUUAAAGUAUUAACUACUCCUUAAUCUAUGUUUAUCCGCUCAAAUCGUGUACAUUCACGGCUUGUAACUUGUAUAAGAAAUAGGACACGUUUAAAGUAUUUGCAUCCAAUAUGACAUCCAUACGCUUGUUUUUUCCAAUCACGUUGGAUAAUGAUAUGUUAUGGACAAUAGUUCAUAUAGUUUGUAUCUUAAAUUUAUAAUAUUUUUCUUUUUCCUUGAAUUAUGGCUGUGCACUUUGGAUAUACUAUUAUAGGUUAAAUUAAUUUGUUAGAUCCAUAUUUAUAUG